AUUUCGUUUUUGUUAUUCCUAGUUACGUGCAAAACUUGCAUGAAAGGAUAGUAAUUACGAUAAUGGAGAGUGUAGCAGAUGACCAUUACGACAACGGGCAUUAUCGUCACAAUAUUUUAAGCAAGGUCUUAAAAAUAUUUUCAAAUAAUUUUUUGCGACAAUUAAAAAGACAUACGCAAGAUCUGUAUAAACGCCACCAAAAACAGCAGCAACAACAACAUAAACAUCCCACGUCACAACAACAACAACAACAUGUUGAUCAGCAGCAAACAGAUGACAAACAUCAUCAAUGGCACGGACAACAUCAGAAACAACAACCCUUGAAACUUCAGACGCAAAAAUACCAAGAUAUUCACCAACAACAACCUCAAAACCAACAACAACAGCACCACCAGCAACAGCAACAACAUCUUCUGCACCAUCUGUCAACAUCUCUCUCUCUCCAUCUCUCUGACAUUUCCGAUAGUUAUUCAAAUGCAUUCAAUACAUCUAUAACAGAUUCUUCCAAAUCUAGCCCUGAUCACUCGACUAAUCAUUAUAAUCAUUACCAUGACUCUAUUUCUACCCACCACCACCGUCAUCAUUAUCAAAAAAGUCAACGCCAGCGAUCGCUUCUAACGCGACCACCAUUUUAUGCAGUCCUAAUUUUUUUCUUGGUCGUAUUCGACGGCAGAUGUUUUGUAGGGUCGUGUGGGCCGGGCCGUAGUUAUUUUAGCCCGAGAAAAGGUCCCAGAAAAAUGACCCCCUUCGUACUAAAACAACACGUUCCUAACCUAUCAGAGACCACCCUUGGUGCCAGUGGACAGCCCGAGGGGAAAGUUUCCAGGGGCGAUCCAGAGUUCAAGAAGCUGGUGACAAACAAAAAUCCAAACAUCAUCUUUCAAAAUUCAGAAGGGACCGGCGCCGAUAGGGUGAUGAGUAAGAGAUGCAGUGACAAAUUGAACAACCUGGCCUCACUGACCAUGGAGCAGUGGCCUGGGGUUCGACUGCGUGUGGUGGAAGCCUGGGACGAAGAUGAAACUCAUCCAGAAGACUCCCUACAUUACGAGGGCAGAGCAGUUGACGUCACAACUUCUGAUAAGGAUAAGUCCAAGUAUGGGAUGUUGGCUAGACUUGCAGUUGAAGCCGGUUUCGAUUGGGUGCACUAUGAGUACAGGAGUCAUAUUCAUUGCUCCGUCAAAUCAGAUUCCUUGAUAGCAGAGCACGCUGGGGGUUGCUUUCCCCCAGAGGCCACCCUCUACCGACCAGAUUGGUCAGCAGUCAGCAUGCGUGACCUUCAGAUCGGUGACCUUGUCUGGACUUUCGACGGUGACGUAAUCAAAACGCCGCCGCCAUUUUUGUCGCUGCGGUGGACGCCACCCUGGCUGUUGAAAUUAUUGCAAUGGCCGUUAUCGCUGUUGUCAUCUUCUUCACCGUCGCGAUCAUCAUCAUCAUUUUCUCACUCAUUAUCGUCCUCAUCAUCAUCGUCAUCGUCGUCGUCAUUAAGUGCUGGUAGGUUAGUACUGACAGAAGUUAUUGCCUUCUUACAUAAAGAUCCAAACCUAGAGAUGGAAUUUGUUGAAGUAAAAGUUGGCAACAAUCUUGAUAAUAAUGACGAUGGCAAUGAUAAUAAUGAUGAUAGUUUUGAUGGUUAUGAUAAUCAUUAUCAUCACUUACAUUCGAGACAACAACAACAAAAACAACCACAACAGCAGCAACAACAACAACAGCAGCAACAACAACAACAACAACAUCAUCAUCUAAUAACCCUAACUGAUAACCAUUUAAUAUUUUUAAACCGUCAUCAUCAUCAUCAUUAUCAGCAUCAUCAUCAUUUCAAAAUGAAGAAGAAACCUAAUGAUGACGAUUCUCGUCACAUAUCUGAUGAAAGUGACAAGAAUGAUGGUGUUUCAGUUGAUAAUGACGAUUACAAUAGUGAUAAAAGCAACAUCAUCACAUCAUUUGCUGCUUAUCUAAACACAGCAAACGAUUUUCUUUUCAUCGUAACUCCACCACCCUCAUCAUCACCGACACCAACUCAACCACCACCAUCAUCAUCAACACCCCCCUCAACGUCAUCAUCAUCAACAUCGUCACACCACUUAACCUCUUCAACCGACACAAUCGUAGAACCGACAAAAAUCGUCGGUAUAUCGAAAACUCGACAUCGCGGUAUAUACGCUCCGCUGACGACACACGGUACCAUGUUAGUGAACGGUAUUUGGGUGUCUUGCUACGCCACAUACAAUAACCACCACCUGGCUCACAUGUCGUUGGCGCCUCUGCGAUGGUGGCUGAGUGUGGCUGGUGUGGUGAAGGGUGCGGUUGGAACUGCCUUGGAGGUAGUUGGUGGGUUUGCUGGGUGGGUUCAAUGGUGGAUUAGUGGUAAGAGUGGUUUUUACCAUGCUAGACAAAAUUAUGGUGUCUAUAGAGAUGAUGAUGAUAACAUCAACAAGAACAUCAACAUUGGUGAUAAUAAUGUUAACAACAACAAUAACGAUGAUAGUAUCAAGGAAUUUAAUGUUAUUGGCAGUAUAGAUGAUGAUGAGAACAAUAGUAUUAACAACAAUAUAAAUAACGACAAUAAAAUUAACUGUUCGUCCUUAUUAAAACUUAACAACAACAACAAUUACUACUACAAGAACAACAUCCACAAUAAUAAUAAUAAUAAUAACAGCAACAAUAACAACAACAAUAACAAUAAUAGUAAUAAUAACAUCAGCAAAUUUCUUGUGAACGUUUAUUCGGCACAUAGCGGAUGCGCCUGCGAUCUUAACUACACUGCUACCAACAAUAACAACAACAAUUACAACAACUACAACAACAACAAUAACAAUAAUAAAAAUAUUAAUAAUAAUAAUAAUAAUCGAAUUAUUAACGAUAAUUUAAGCGAUAAUGCUAAUGCAGUCAGUCAUGUCAGUCAUUGUCAUUACAAUAACAAAUUUUACGACAAAACUUGCGACAGUAUCGAUAGUGAAAAGUUUGACAAUAACAAUAACAUCAACAAUAAUAAUAACAACAACGAAAACAACAACAAUGACAACAGAUAUUACUUUUGCAGAGACAAAAACAGUUAUUUCAUCUGCAAAGACAACAACAACAACGACAACAACAACAACGACAACAACAACAUAAUAGACAACAACAUCAACAACAACAACAACAACAACAAUGACAACAACAACAAUGACAACAACAACGAUGUAAACCGCGAAACAUCUGCCGAUCAAAAUUACAUGCACCCUUACAUCAAAAUCCUCUGGAAAAUUGCAAAAAUAAUCCGUCCGGAAUGCUCAUUUUUCACAAAUUAAAAAUUUCUGUCAUGCUAUCUUAAACUACAUGCUAUUUAUAUUAAACGAAUCUAAUUGCAACUUAUUUUUAUGUAAUAAUGAAUCAAAGUUAAUUUUGAUUUGAACUUUCAAAGAAUACUGGCUAUAGAUGUUUUCAAUUUAAUCUCACUAUCAAUCAAUCAAUCAAUCAAUCGAUCAACC